UGUGCUUCCAAAACGUCACAUUACACCACACGUCUCAUUUAGAGUUCAUGUGAAAAUGUUGCUGGAGAAAUGAUUGGAAAGACGAAUCAUUUUGGAAAGAAAAUAAAUCUAAUUUCAGUAUCAAUAUCUUGACGAGCUAGUAAAAUGACCUGAAAAUGAAGAAAGGGUGUAACGAAACUCUGGAGGCUAAACAAGCAGAACGAAAUGAACGUGCCAAAAAGCUUUAUCGCUAUGUAACAGACGUAGCAAGACGCGUUGGCGAGACGACAGCUUCGAGUCGAUCCAUCACUGAUCUUUUUGCCACCCAUAUUGAAGUGCAACGCCAAAAACUACGAGACAACUGUGAAAAAUUAUUCUUUUUAGAUCCUUUGAAUUAUGGAAAAAAAUCACUUGAGCUCCUCUGGAGAAAGGUUUAUUAUGAAGUGGUGGCUGCUGCAAGGAAACUAAGAGAGACAAGCAUUGAAAAUGACAGCUACCUUUUUAGUCAUAUCAUGUGUGGUGUAGGUCAUUUUCACCAGUUUAUUACCAUGAUACAGUCAGAAUUGAAAAUCACUUGUAAGGAGUUGGACUACACUCCCCUGAAUAAGGAUGAAGAAAUUGAAGAAUUAAACAAACAGACAGGAGAAGAAGAGUUACUAUUUGGGAAGUCUGCAUUACAUUCAUGUUUAAUAUACCUAGGGGACCUAUGCCGUUACCAAGCUGAAAUAUUUCAUACUUUUGAUUCAUCUAUAGCAGCUCGCUACUAUCUUCAAGCUGCACACAUUGACACAUCCUCAGGAAUGCCUUAUAACCAGCUUGGAAACCUGUAUUUGGAUAAAAACUAUAAUCUAGAUUCUGUUUGCUAUUACAUUCACUGUCUCAGUUGUACAUCCCCAUUUGAAGGUGCUCUGGGAAAUUUGACAAAACUAUUUGAAAAGAACAUUCAAUUUUGUGAAACAGUAAAUGCUUCUGAGUCCAUGACUCAAACUGAACAUAUACAGAAUACAAUUGCCAAUUUCCUAUCUCUCAUUGAGAUCUGGUACCUCAGUAAAAAUGAUACCAAUAUUCCACAGAGGUGCAGCACCAUAGCUCAAGAACUUAAAAUUGCUAUGGAAUUUGAAAAGUCGCCACUACCAGAUAAAAACAAGAACUAUGAGGAAUAUAUUCAGGCCUUGGAGGAAGAGAACAUGAAUCCCUCAAAUUUUAAUGGCAACUUAGUGCAUAAAAUUGUGCAGAUCUGUUUAUUUACCAUGUCUAAAAUGAUGGAAACUGAUGAAGUCAAGGCUUUUGCUUGCAAAGCAUUUUCUUUGGCUUUAUUAUCCCAACUCUUACAAAAACUAUUGAAACAGAUUCAGUCAUUUGGCUUAAAGAAUCCAGCUAGUAAAUAUCGAUCCAAAGAAAUACGUGCUCGAGUUUCUGAUUCAGAAGUGCCUGAAGACAAGGCUAAUUUAAAAGAAAAACCUGUAUCACCUGUUUUGAAUGGGUUUAAUAAUGAACAUGAUCUACCAAAAAAUAAAAGUCCAGAUGUUGACAAUGAAAAUCUCCAAAAUGGUGAUGUAAAAAAUAUUACAAAAAAAGUAACAUCAAAGAGACGCCGCCGCAGAAGAGCAGCUUCCUCUGAGAGUUCAGAUGUAAGUGAUGCAGAUACAGAGAGCAGCGAAGUUGAUACUGAUGAAAUGAGUUCUGAUGAUGGAGAUUCUUCACAGUCAAGCUACCACUCAGAAGAGCAGGACUCACAGAGUGAAGACUCUGGUGAUGACCCCUCUGAUACUGAAGCUCCUGAUGCACAAGUUAAUGGUGUUGUUGAGAAAUCUAAUCAUGAUAAUAUCACAUCCUCUGGCCCAAAGAUAAAUGGAAUUGGAUCCACUAAAACCACCACAAACCCUGAACAUGAAGAUAACUUAAAUUUGGAUGACAUUCAAAAGUUUUUACUUGGCAACAAUUUUUUACCCAGUAUAAAGUUAUUGCAAGACUGGAUACUCACAGAAAAGGACUUAAUUUUAUCUUGUGGUGACAGUGGAGAGUCCUUAUUUCAAUGUGUGGUUGAUUUGCUAAAUAUCUUUUCAUACAAUUUCAAUGCCAAAGUUGAAGCAUUUGGUGAUGACUGCAAAAUCUUAAAGUAUGCAAAUCAAGUUGCCAAAAACUUAAUGCUUGAAUAUAAAACAAUACCAUUACCUGAAGAUGUAAAUUUGCGUGGGACAAAUAUUUGUAAAUUUGAUAAAGAUGCAGCCGAAUGGCAAAUAUUGGACAGAUACAAGCCAACUGUGUACGAAGAAAAUGUUAUGAGAAUUUUGAACUUCAUUGAUUUUGGUAAUCAAAUAGCAAAGCUUGUACCCAGAAUAAGAUUUAAUAGAUCUAUGAAGAUAUAUUAUUUCAAAAAGACACAACCACCAAAAAUAAGCACUAAAGUGAACCAUAAAAGAAGCAGGGAAUGGCAUAACUCAAAGAAACAAAAUGCCGAAACCAGCGAAGGCGGUUUGCUUCGUCGCUUGGGUCGUCUGUGGCUUGUAUCGCAAGUCCGCGAGUUGGAACGCAGCGGACGCGCGGCCGCGCCCGCCUUGCUGGCGUUAGACUCGGCCGCACUCAACAAACACCUGCGCCGGGUCAAACAGCUCCUGCGCGCUCGCAGCUUCACACUACUCAUACCCUCCAUUGUGCUCCAAGAACUUGACGAUCUGAAGCGCGACCAGAGCACCGCGCGCGACGCCAUUCGCUGGCUCGAGAUACAACUGAGAAGCGGAUCGCGUUUCCUCCGCGCGCAGCGUCCCGGAGAAUCUAAACCACUUCCGCUUCUCAAAUAUCCGCGUAAGGCCCCACCACACGUUCACAACUUCAUACAAAUCCUGGAAUUCUGCAACCACUUCACUGCUGAUGAAAAGCAGACACAAGGUGGAAAUGGAGAUCCCGACAGCUCGUUGCCUGGCAAAUCAGCACCUUUGCUCAUAUUGCUUGUGGGCAACCAGCCCGGAACGGACGAUGAAUACAAAGAAUUCAGUCUGACGGGUGCUGCACAGUCGGCAGGCAUCUCCGUCGAGCAUAUCGGGGACUUCUAUACGAAAUGGCGCCAAACAAUCCAUAAGAAUGGCAAGAAAAGAUGAAUCCAUUCCCGUCAUAGUGGGGUCUCGACUGCAACGAAAGGAUAAGACAACGACGCUCGUCACUUUCGAUAACGGAUUGGAUCAUCUCGGUCAGAAAGAUUAGGAUUACCUACUCUUAUUUCCAACUGAGAGUAAAAUAUCGUAAGGGUAAAAUAAAUCACUGGCGCAGCUCAGAUGGGCUUGUUAUAUUCGUUUCUGACUAACUCGUAACAUUAAUCAUUUACGUACCUACAUAGGUCCGUUCCAUUAUUUCAUUUCAUAUUACAGUAGAAACUCGAUUAACCGGAUUUUCCGAUGAGAAGCAAAGCUAUUAUAUGGGUCCCGGUAGCGUUAGCGCAAACUUAUAUUGUUACUUGCUAGUUUUAUAUCCUGGAGCUGAAUUCUCUCGCCUAGAAGCUAAAGAUUUUGAAAGCAAUGACUUCCAGUUUAAUCCGGUUUCAUCAGCAUUAUAAACAAAA